AUGUUUCCAAAGGGUAAUGUGGCUGUCAUUUGCUGGGUAUGGAGGAACAUGAGGAAGCUAUUUCUAUUCCUUUCUCUCUGGCUGUCCCAGGCAGCUCAUUUGGAAGGCAGAAAGGAUAAUCAGUUCAUCUGGAAACCAGGCCCCUGGGGACGGUGUACAGGAGACUGUGGGCCUGGAGGAGUCCAGACUCGGGCACUGUGGUGCUUCCACUUUGAAGGUUGGACAAGUCACCUGUCCAGCUGUGAUGAGAACCACAGGCCUCCAAAGGAGAGGAGCUGCUUCCGAGUCUGCGACUGGCACAGCGACCUCUUCCAGUGGGAGGUCUCUGACUGGCACCACUGUGUGCUUGCUCCCCCAGUCCUGGGCCAGGCCAAGCCUCGGACCUCCGAGUGCGUGACGGCCCAGCAUGGGCUGCAGCACCGGACUGUGCGCUGUGUUCAGAAGUUGAACAGGACCAUGGUCGCCAGCGAAAUAUGCGAGCACUUUGCCCCUCAGCCCCCCACAGAACAAGCGUGCCUCAUUCCUUGCCCGCGGGAUUGUGUUGUAUCCGAGUUCUCACAAUGGUCCAAGUGUAGCAAGGGAUGCGGGAAGCGACUGCAGCACCGGACCCGCGUGGCCAUCGCUCCCCCUCUCUACGGAGGGUCUCACUGUCCCAAUCUGACGGAGACAAGAACCUGUGUCGCCCCCAUUUCCUGUCCUCUCGGCGAAGAGGAAUAUACUUUUAGCCUUAAAGUUGGCCCGUGGAGUAAAUGUAGACUGCCUCAGCUGAAGGACAUGGACCUCGCCGGAAGGACUGUUGUGGAUUUUAGCUCUGAUUCAAAGGAGCAAGUCACCUUGAGAUACCCAGGUUACAAGCCACAUCACCACGCCAAGCCCUGGGACAUAGAGAUAGGUUACCAAACCCGGCAGGUGUGGUGUACCAGGAGUGAUGGGAAAAAUGCCAUGAUAAGCCUUUGCAUGAAAGACUCCUUCCCUUUGACUGUCCAGUCCUGCAUCAUGCCGAAAGACUGUGAGACCACCGAGUGGUCCUCCUGGGGUCCCUGCUCCAAGACGUGUCGUUCAGGGAGCCUCUCGCCGGGAUUCAGGAGCAGGAGCCGGAAUGUGAAGCACAUUGCUAUCGGAGGUGGAAGGGAGUGCCCUGAACUUCUGGAGAAACAGGCCUGCAUUGUCGAAGGAGCAAGUUUGCAGCCAUGUCCCAGGUAUUCCUGGAGGACUUCUGAGUGGAAAGAAUGCCAAGUCUCUCUCCUCCUCGAGCAGCAGGACCCCCACUGGCCUGUGACGGGACCCGUGUGUGGAGGUGGGAUCCAGACCCGGGCGGUGUACUGUGCCCAGAGCACACCAGCAUCCACCGCACAGAGGGCCAAGGAAGUCUUUAGACCUGUGGACAAAUCACUAUGCGUGGGGCCUGCCCCUGCAGCCUCUCAGCUCUGCAGCGUUCCUUGCUCUACAGACUGUGUGGUGUCCUCCUGGUCAGCCUGGGGCCUGUGUGUCCAUGAAAACUGCCACGAUCUCCAGGGGAGAAAAGGAUUUAGAAUGAGACAGCGCCAUGUCCUCAUGGAAUCCACGGGGCCUGCAGGACACUGCACGCAUUUGGUCGAAUCUGUUCCCUGCGAGGACCCGAUGUGUUACCGAUGGCUGGUAUCUGAAGGCAUCUGUAUCCCAGAUCAUGGGAAAUGUGGCCCGGGACAUCGCAUCCUGAAGGCUGUCUGCCAGAACGACCGAGGAGAAGAUGUGUCAGGGAGUCUCUGCCCAGCAUCUGUUCCUCCUGAACGGACGGCUUGUGAAAUUCCCUGCAGGAUGGAUUGUGUGGUGAGCGAGUGGACAGAGUGGUCAUCCUGCUCCCAGUCUUGUUCAAAUAAAAACUCGGAUGGGAAACAGACCAGGUCAAGGACUAUCCUGGCAUUGGCUGGAGAAGGUGGAAAACCAUGCCCCCCUAGUCAGGCCCUCCAAGAAUAUCGCUCAUGCAAUGACCAUUCCUGUAUGCAACUCUACUGGGAGACAUCGCCUUGGGGCCCCUGUGCUGAAGACACACUGGGUACUGCUCUUAAUGCAACCAUUGGAUGGAAUGGAGAAGCUGCCUGUGGUGUGGGCAUUCAGACACGGAAGGUCUUUUGUGUCAAGAGUCACGUGGGACAAGUGAUGACCAAAAGGUGUCCAGAUUCCACUCGCCCCGAAACAGUGCGCCCUUGUCUCCUCCCAUGCAAAAAAGACUGCACUGUGACUGCCUUCAGCGAGUGGACGCCCUGCCCGAGGCUAUGCCAGCCAGCUAUCUCUUGCAUCUCUGAUGAUAACCAGUCAGCAGAAAUGACCGAAUGCCUCAAGCAGGCAAAUGGCAUGCCUCCCCUUGUGCAAGAAUGCACGGUCCCAUGUCGAGACGACUGCACCUUCACGGCUUGGUCCAAGUUUACACCCUGCUCCACCAAUUGUGGAACAACCCGAAGCAGACGGCGACAGCUCACAGGAAAAAGCAGGAAGAAGGAGAAGUGCCAGGAUGCUGACAUGUACCCUCUAGUGGAAACAGAACUGUGUCCUUGCGAUGUAUUUAUAUCCCAACCUUACGGAAAUUGGUCAGAUUGCAUUCUUCCUGAAAGCAGAAUGGAGCCUCAGCGAGGAUUGUGGGUACAAGGAGACAGCAAACAAUGCGGACAGGGCGUGCGCUUCCGAGCAAUAGCCUGCUCUGAUAAAAACGGAAGACCUGUUGACCCCUCCCGCUGCAGUAACUCUGGUUAUAUUCAAGAAGAAUGUGCCAUCCCCUGCCCAUUUGAUUGCAAGUUAAGCGAUUGGUCCAGCUGGGGGUCUUGUAGUUCAUCUUGUGGGAUUGGCGUGAGAAUUCGAUCCAAAUGGCUAAAAGAAAAACCUUACAAUGGAGGCCGCCCAUGUCCCAAACUGGAUCUCAAGAAUCAGGUGCAUGAGGCAGUCCCGUGUUACAGUGAGUGCAAUCAGUAUUCCUGGGUUGUAGAACACUGGUCCCCAUGCAGAAUCCACAACGAGCUGAGGCCCUUGCGCUGUGGCGGAGGAAUGCAAUCUAGGAAAAUCAGAUGUGUGAACACGGCCUCCAGGGAAGGUGGGGCAGUAAAUAACAGCUUCUGCAACCAGGACGAGAUGCCCCCAGAAACCCAGCCCUGCUCGCUUCUGUGCCCCAGUGAAUGCGUCAUGUCCGAGUGGGGAACCUGGAGCAAGUGCCCACAGUCAUGUGAUCCCCACACAAUGCAGAGAAGAACCCGCCAUCUGCUGAGACCCUCGCUGAGCUCCAGGACAUGUGCUGAAGACUCCCAGGUGCGGCCUUGUCUCCUGAAUGAAAACUGCUUCCAGUUCCAGUACAACCUGACAGAGUGGAGCACGUGCCAGCUGAGUGAAAAUGCGACCUGUGGGCAAGGCGUCAGGACCCGCCUUCUGAGCUGUGUGCGCAGUGACGGCAAGCCAGUCAGCAUGGACCAAUGUGAGCAGCGUAACUUGGCGAAGCCACAGAGAAUGAGCAUUCACUGCCUGGUGGAAUGUGUGGUCAACUGUCAGCUCUCAGAGUGGACAGCUUGGACUGAGUGCUCACAGACUUGCGGCCAUGGAGGUCGAAUGAGCCGGACUCGAUUUAUCAUGCUGCCAACUCAAGGGGAAGGACGGCCGUGCCCCCCAGAGCUCACCCAGCAGAAAGCCUGCCCGGUGACCCCCUGCUACAGCUGGGUCCUCAGCAACUGGUCUGCAUGUAAAUUGGAGGGUGGAGACUGCGGGGAGGGAGUCCAGGUCCGCGGCCUCUCCUGUGUGGUCCACAAUGGCUCGGUCGCUAGCUCCGCUGUACGUGUGGAUGAUGCCCAGUGUAAAGAAGUGCCCUGGCAGGACGGCAGCUUGCAGCAGCUGUGUUCUGUGCCCUGCCCAGGAGACUGUCAUCUCACGGGCUGGUCGGAGUGGAGCACGUGUGAAUUAACCUGCAUCGAUGGAAGAAGCUUCGAGACCAUGGGCCGCCAAUCUAGGUCAAGGACAUUUAUAAUUCAGUCUUUUGAAAACCAAGACAGCUGCCCCCAGCAGGUUCUAGAAACACGUCCUUGUACAGGAGGCAAAUGCUAUCACUACACCUGGAAAGCAAGUCUUUGGAAUAAUAAUGAACGAACCGUAUGGUGCCAACGUUCAGAUGGCGUUAAUGUCACAGGAGGCUGCUCCCCGCAGGCACGGCCUGCGGCGAUUCGACAGUGCAGUCCAGCCUGCAGAAAGCCUUUCUCCUACUGCACGCAGGGCGGAGUGUGUGGUUGUGAGAAGGGUUAUACGGAGAUAAUGAGAUCGAAUGGUUUUCUGGAUUACUGCAUGAAAGUCCCUGGCUCAGAGGAUAGAAAAGCUCAUGUGAAAAACCUUGCUGGGAAGAACAGACCUGUGAAUUCAAAAAUACAUGAUAUUUUUAAAGGAUGGUCUAUUCAGCCCCUGGAUCCAGAUGGCCGAGUAAAAAUCUGGGUUUAUGGUGUUUCAGGUGGUGGUUUUCUUAUCAUGAUUUUCCUAGUAUUUACUUCCUACCUUGUUUGCAAGAAGCCAAAACCACAUCAAAGCACACCUCCCCAACAGAAGCCUCUGACCUUCGCCUACGAUGGAGACUUAGACAUGUAA